GACAACCCUUUGAGGCACCAUGGCUGCUCUGGCGGCUCUUUGCGGCGGACGACGCCGGCCUCUGCUUCUGGGGCUGCUGCAGGAAGUAAGAUGCCUGGGUCGAAGUUAUGCAUCUAAACCCACUUUGAAUGAAGUAGUUAUAGUAAGUGGUAUAAGAACUCCCAUUGGAUCUUUCAUGGGCAGCCUUGCUUCUCAGCCAGCCACUAAGCUUGGAUCUAUUGCAAUUCAGGGAGCCAUUGAAAAGGCAGGGAUCCCAAAAGAAGAAGUGAAGGAAGUCUACAUGGGGAAUGUUAUCCAAGGGGGUGAAGGACAGGCCCCUACAAGGCAAGCAGCAUUGGGUGCAGGUUUACCAAUUUCCACUCCAUGUACCACGGUAAACAAAGUUUGUGCUUCAGGAAUGAAAGCCAUCAUGAUGGCCUCUCAAAACCUUAUGUGUGGACAUCAGGAUGUGAUGGUGGCAGGUGGGAUGGAGAGCAUGUCAAAUGUCCCAUAUGUAAUGAGCAGAGGAGCAACACCAUAUGGUGGGAUAAAACUCGAAGACCUGAUUGUGAAAGAUGGGCUGACUGAUGUCUACAAUAAAAUUCAUAUGGGUAACUGUGCUGAGAAUACUGCAAAGAAGCUGAGUAUUGCCCGAGGCGAGCAGGACACUUACGCCAUCAGCUCUUACAGCAGAAGUAAAGAAGCCUGGGAUGCAGGGAAGUUUGCUCAUGAAGUCAUUCCUGUCACCGUCUCAGUAAAAGGUAAACCAGAUGUGGUGGUGAAAGAAGAUGAAGAGUACAAGCGUGUUGAUUUUAGUAAAGUACCAAAGCUGAAAACUGUAUUCCAGAAAGAAAAUGGCACUGUUACAGCUGCCAAUGCCAGCACACUGAACGAUGGAGCAGCUGCUGUGGUUCUCAUGACUGCAGAUGCAGCCCAGAGGCUCAACGUGAAGCCACUAGCACGAAUUGCAGCAUUUGCUGAUGCUGCUGUAGACCCUAUUGAUUUUCCAGUUGCACCUGCGUAUGCUGUACCUAAGGUUCUUAAAUAUGCAGGAUUGAAAAAGGAAGACAUUGCCAUGUGGGAAGUAAAUGAAGCAUUCAGUGUGGUUGUACUGGCCAACAUUAAGAUGCUGGAGAUUGAUCCCCAAAAAGUGAAUAUCCAUGGAGGAGCUGUUUCUUUGGGCCAUCCAAUUGGGAUGUCUGGAGCCCGAAUUGUUGUUCACUUGGUUCAUGCCUUGAAGCAAGGAGAAUUUGGUCUGGCCAGUAUUUGCAAUGGAGGAGGAGGUGCUUCUGCUGUGCUGAUUGAAAAGCUGUAGACUGUUCCAUGUGAUCGGAAACUGUGUUGAAGUGAAUGUGAUGCCCUUGGGCCAGGUUAUAUUCAACAUAAACUACUUCAUUUUUUAUUAUUUUCUAUUAAAAUUUUUAAAAAAAAUAAUCAUAUCUAAAACCUAUUGAAAGUACAAAUAAAAAUUUCUUCUUUAAUUUUUUUUUUUUGUAAACUUGAACAGUCUGAUGCUAUUUGAAAUACCAGUGUAGGUGUGCAAGAGACAAGGUUCAGUGGUUAAGAGCAUCUGUUCCUACCAGGGCUGGGGCACAGCCUUUAAUCCUAGUACUUGCUAGGCAGAGGCAGGCAGAUUUCUGUGAGUUCAAAGCCAGCCUGGUCUACAAAACUAGUCUCAUGAUAUCCAUGGCUACACAGAGAAACCUUGUCUCGAAUAAACAAAAGAACAUCUGUUGUUCUUGUGGAAGAUGUUUGCUUCCCAGUACCCACAUCUGGUGUUGCACAACCAGGGAGAAUUUGCACUGUGUUGCAGAUGCCAAACAAAUGAGAUAUUAUACCUCCUUACCUUACUAGCUGCUGGUAAAAGUAGAGGGAAGCCAUCCUAGGAGAUACUUUGUAAUGGGGUUCUUUCCUGAUGAAAGCAGAGUAAAAGGUCCAGAACUUUUAUAUCUAAAUACACCAAAGAAAUAAAGGCACAGAUGGAUUCCCUGGGGAAGGCUGCUGAUCACCAUUACAAUAGCAGUCACAAUGCUCCUUGACUUUCCCAAGCCUCCAAACCACCUGUAUAACACCCAGUAUGAAUGAACAGAAUAAAACUAUGGCUGUUUGUUUUUCAACCUUAA